CGGACGUUUUUGGGGGGGAGAAGAACUUAAUCGUACCCCACCCGCUGGACAAUUGCGGAUGCAUGUUACACGGGAAUCAGGACGAGGAGGCCCCGAUAGAAGGGAUAGCAGGGAAUCUAGACGAGUAAACCCAUAUCCUCCUCCCGAUAGAAGGAAUUCAGCACGAGAUGGAGAAAGCUCGUCAGGUGCUAGGGAUUCUGGGGGACAACCCCCGGAACCUCUGGGAGAAAGAUGGGCAUUACAAGGAAUAGGGAUACGAGCGGUAGUGGAAGGACGUCGUAAUCCACCACCCGAACAACCAAUGGCAGCUGCUAAUCCAGCUGGUAAUGCUGUGGACGUGAACCUUCCAGAGAGCGAGCAGUACAAUAGGAUGCGGCUCCGCGGGGGCACUAGCUUCAUAUCGAUGAAGGAGGAAGUGAUGAGGAAUCUGAGCUGUUACUACCCGGGCUUUUUCAACAAAGUCCUGCCCAUCCAGCGAGUGGAACCGUACAAGCUGAAACCACUCGAUCUGCUGACGAACUACUUCGAGCUCAAGAGCAUGGCUAAGACGGUUUUCGUUCACAAGUUGACCUGGGAACCAGACGCCAUCGGGAAAAAAACAGGCCACGCUAGCUGGAGAGUCAAGGCAUUCUGGAGGUUCAACGAAGAGGCGAAGGCAAGGUGGAGGGCUCAGGGGUACGAGAGUAAGGAGGGACUCGGCAUCUGGGACCGCGGCGGCUCACUGUUCCGCACCGAGGCGCUCGACCCCGAAAGGAUGGCUACGACUUUCCACACUCGCGCCGUCAUGCCCCAGAAACCGCAUAUGUACUAUAAGGAGAAACGGGACCUGACUCUGAACAUCAUCAAGAGCGAGAUCAUCCCGGACAGCCCGGACUAUGUGACGCCCGUCUUAUGGGCCGACCAGGAGCUCUACCGGCGGGUCGGGUUCGUGGACUAUAGGCCCGUGCGCCGAAUUCGCGACGCCGUUGCAGCCAUCUUGCAGGGUUACUACGUGGACAACUUCGACGACUACAUCGAGGACACGCAAAACGCGCGCCAGUUCUGCCUAUCCGGCUAUCCGCAUCAAAACGACCCGCGAGCGAGGUUCGUGAAGUACCCGAGUUGGAAUGUGGGCCCAGGUGUCCGAGAUGCGUUCGUGCUGCGGCGCGGGAGCCGCAGCAGCUGCAGCGUGCUGGCGAGUGGCGUCUACAUCAACAUCUCCACGGCGACCGGCGUCUACUGGGCCAAGAACGUCUCCGUGGCCGACGUCAUCAGAAUCGCGGUGAUGAAGAGCGGUUGGAAAGGCGAUCGCCCGCUCUACCAUAAGGAGCUCGCGGCCGCCGAGAAGUUACUCAAGUAUGUCCGCGCCAUAAGCACGUUGUGCAAGAUACCGGCGCCGAGGCGCUCGAAAAUGCCCUGGCGUUACUACAAGAUUCACGGCCUGAGCCCGGACCCGUGCGGCAACUUUCGAGUGGCGGUCUACAAUAAAGGCCGCUUUGAGCCGGACGGGCCGAAGCAGCGGGUAAAGUACUACUCGUUUCUCGAGGGGUACUACGGGACGGAGAACUUCAGCGCGGCAAAUCUCACCCGGGCAGACAACUACUACCCGGCCGUCAAAGUGCACCCGGAACUCGAAUGGUACUUGCCGCCCUGGGUGCUCAUCAUCGAGGCGAAGGACAAGCUCCCCAUGAAGCGCGGGGCCCUCAGUAAGGCCGCCUUCAAAACUCUGUUCGAGAAUCGCAUGAGGGAUGGGGCCAAGGUCCUCUUCGAUGACAUCACGGAGCUGAUACGGGAACGGACUGCUAAUGAUCAGUACCUAAAAAGAUUCGAUAUGGACUUAAAUCCGGAGCCUCUCAGAGUGCCGGGGUACCAGCUGGAGAGUCCGUCUCUAUAUGUCACGAGGAUUGAGAGUGGGGACGACAAUGGACUCCUCCAACUCCGCUUCGAGCGGGUCGACGUGGGAGGGGGACACUGGCGCAUGGAGAAGGGACAGGCGCUGUACAAGUUCCCGCGGGGUCGGAUCGAUGUGAUAGUGUUCUGCAUCCGGCCCUUAACUGAGCGGUCGGUGCGGACCUUCUUCAGUAGGAUGAAGAGCGUGGCCCAGAAGGAGCUCAACCUCAACACUAGUGAUCCUUUCUUGUUCGUGCCCGAAUCCGAGACGAGCGAUAGAUUCGCGACUGUUCUGAGCGAAGAGGUCGAAAAUUUCAGAGAGAGGUACGGCGUGAAACCGGCCAUGGUGUUCCUGAUCAUCAAAGACAAACACUACCUCUACGACACGUUCAAGUUCGUGCUGGACUGGAGGUACGGCAUCCAGUCGCAGUGCAUCAGCAUCGCGAGCUUCAUUGAAGGACAGGAGAAGGGGUUCCUGGCCUCGAAUCAACCGGACCUCCUCCAGUUCAAUGGGCAGAUGACCGACACGAAGUUCCGUAACAUCAUGCUCUCGAUCAACCGAAAGCUCGGGGGGCUCAACAUAGGGCUCAGUGGUAAGUUUGUGUCGGCCGUGCCGCCGACUUUCAAACUCAAGGGUACGAUGAUCAUCGGCUUGGACGUGACGCACGCGAAAGGCGCUCUGAGGCACUCCAUCGCCGGCAUGGUGGCCACAAUCGACAUGCCGCCGAGGACAUACGCCACCAGGUUGAGAAUUCAGGAGCCGAAAGAGGAAAUAGUGUUUGAUAUAGACGUGAUGAUCGAGGAUCUGGUGAGAACGUUCAUAGCCGCAAAUCCGCAGACGACUCUGGAACACGUUCUGAUGUUCCGCGACGGCAUUGGCGAUGUCCACUACCUCCAAUGCCUGAAAAAUGAGGUCCCCAAGCUGUUUGAGGGCAUCGAGCGCGCCGGCGUCAGCCCCAGGCCCAAGAUGCUCUUCGUCGUCUGCGCCAAGCGCCACCACACGCGCUUCCUGAACCGGGCCACCCAGGGCGACGUGCCGGCCGGCACCGCCGUCAACGACCUCAACUACCCGCACCAGCAGAACUUCUACCUGGCCUCGCACGCCUCGGUUAGUCAAGUAGGCACCGACGAUAUUAGCAGCGGCGGCAAUACGCGCAGCACGCACUACAACGUGCUGCUCGACGAGGUGGGCAUGUCGCUCAACGAGCUGCAGACGCUCAUUUACCACAUGGCCUACACGUACGAUGCCUCGCACUACGCCAUCGCCAUGGCGCCCCCCGCCAUUUACGCGCACCAUGUCUGCACCCGCGCCAGGCUCUACUACCAGGAGAUCAACAAGGCGCGCUAUCAGGAGUCGACCAAGCACCAUUGGUUGAACAAGCCAUUUCCCCCUUGCAAAAGGUUUUUACGCCCCUGGGCGCCGGAAACGCUGCAAGAUCUGACUCCGCAUUUGUCUAUUCGAAACACCAUGUUUUAUAUCUAGGUUCGUCCCUUCAUCCGAGGUCGUCGUCCACGCGAAGGGGAGUCGAUACUUUCACACAUGCUUUCGAUACUUCAG